AUGUUUGCAAUUAUUUUACUGUUAAUAAUAGCCGUUUCAGAGACGAUAUCUCAAGACAUUUGCCAAUUCUUUCAGUCAGACGGCAGACACAAUGGUCUAAAGAUAUACCGUCAUCGGGAGCUCAGCGGUGAUAGUUAUCCACAAUCGACACUAUUUAAGGGCAUUAUAUAUGGAAAUGGAUUGAAAUGGGAGUUCACUAUUGAGAGGCAACUCAUCGGCAAUAUGUCUAUCCGUGUGAUCGACACGACUGGCCGACCAUUCAAUCAGACAAUUGUUAACAGAUUUAUUAUUUUUGGCGACUUUUACAAUAGAGACCAAAAGUGGGAAAACUAUAUCGCAUUUCACGACAUGAUAUAUGAGGACCCGAAGGACAGGUCAGCACUUCAUAUAUGGCUACCAAACGGCACAGAACUUUGGUUACAUAACAGGGAUAUUGAAUACAACGCGACGGACAUAAUGUUUAGAUCGACAGCUAUUUAUACCAAUGAUUAUGUAAUGAUUUUGGACAGACAUACGGGUGUUGUGCUCACGUAUAACAUUAGACCCGAUGUGAUUGACAACACAUCUCUGGCCAUACAUUACAAUCGGGUGGACAACGAAACGGCUGAUCUGGAGUACAAUACUCUGGCCAUAAAACCCCUGUUCCUGGAAAUGAUUUCCGACUUUUUGAGACAACAAUUGGAGGCUAUUAUCGACUACGAGAUCGUCGACGAAGAGCCGGGAUAUAUGUUGUGGUUUAGUAUCGAUGGAGAGCUCCGGUAUUGUUUCACACCCGGCGACGGACCCCUCUCUCAACAGCACCCGUAG